CACUCCAACAGGGCUAAAGUCAAGCAUCCCAGCAUAAUAUUUCAACAUGGCCACCGACACAGAGAUUAGUCUUGAGAGCGCGAGAGUGGAGGCUCCUGGCUCCUUCUCUGUCACCGUUGAGUUCACUGGUGGCCUUGAAAUGCUUUUCGCCAAUGAGCGCAAGCAUGGUGUCACAUUACCUGCACAGCUGAGUGACGGUGGCCGGCCGAGAAUAAGCUUCCUUCUCGAAUACCUUGUCGAAAAUGUGAUGAAGGACGAAAGAAAGGAAUUGUUCAUAUUGGAGGGCAAUGUGCGUCCUGGUAUCCUUGUCCUCAUCAACGAUGCAGACUGGGAACUGGAGGGCGAAGAAAACUAUGAGCUCCAACCUGGCGACAACAUUGUCUUCGUUUCUACGCUACAUGGAGGAUAACAGUUCUUAUAAUCUAUGUUCUCAAUCACCACCAUUGAUGCCACAAAGAUGAUAGGAUCAGGGUAGUGACUAUGUUCGCUGCUCUUCAAAACCCGGCUGUACUAGCAUAGGAUUAAACGACAUCCUCAACAUGCUGCUGGGAUAUUCUCUCAGGCUCCCGAGGGGUCCGAAGUCCGCUUUGUGGCGUCGAAAACCCUUCUUGUGGACUACUUAAUCCUCCAACCAAAGGGGUUGUGACCCCACUGGGGGGCACGGGUAUUUUGAUGUCUUGGGGUGACCCAGGGAUGAUUUCCUUGGGGAGGUCCGGAAUAUGGAUCCUGCGAGCCUCAUUUUGGUAGCUCUCCGGGAUGAUCUGAGGAAAGUAGUCAGUAA